GCUGAUAGUGUUGAACACUGCUAAGUGGAAAUUAAAAAUAAACUUACUUUAAACAUUUUUGUGGAGUUUUUUAAUUCCACUUUGUUUAUUUAUGUAAUGGUUAAGGUGGAUGUGGAAUAUUGUGGCAAAUGCAAUUUUAGUUUGCAAUGUCAAAUGCUUAAACAGUUUUUAGUGGAGAAGGUGCCGGGAAUUGAAGUCGAUUGUCAUCAGGGCAGAAGGGGAUCUUUUGAGGUAACCAUCGAUGAUCAAUUGGUGCACUCAAAGUUAUCAUGCUUUGCCUUUCCACAACAUGAGAGUGUCCUAACUCAAGUGCGACGAGCAGAAAUUGGCGAGAAGUUGGAGACUGUAAAAGAGGAGCCCAUUAAAGAUUGCCAAAUUAUGUGAUUUAUUCCUAGUCCAAAGUAAAAACUAAAUUCCAAUUUCACAAAA